UAAUUUGUUCCAAUAGUGCAAGAAUAAGGUAAGGUAUCAUGGCGGACGGUGUGAGGGAAUACCUUGAGGAACCUCCGCCCAAGUUGGUCCCCAUCGAGGCUGUUGCAGUUGAAUUGAAGGAUGACACCCCCGGGGUGAGCGGGGAGGUGAUGCUGGUUAACACUGACAGCUUCGAGGAGUGCAACCAUGAGCUGGACACCCAGUUCAGCGGUGGGGAAGACGGGCCUGAUUCCCCCAUCAGGAAGGUUCAGCAGGAGCAGGAAAAGGAGCUUGUUGGAGGCAUGGGAAAUGUGGCAGUAGCAGAUGAUGAUGAAAAAGCAGAAUCAGAAGAUGCUUUACAGAUAUUGGACCAGAAAGAGGAAACUGAGGAAGAAAACUUGGAUGAAGAGUAUUUGCAGAACCCUGAAUGGAUACAAAAGGAGAAACAUGUUUUUAUCUUGAGUGAAUCGGGCAAGCCUAUUUACACAAGGUAUGGGAAAGAAGACAGGCUAGUCACACUUUUUGGACUCAUGCAAGCGCUUGUGUCCUGUGUGGCCGACAGCGAUGAUGUGAUCAGAUGUGUAGUUGCAGGAGAUCAUAAAUUUGUGUUUUUGGUGAGAUCACCACUGAUCUUGGUGGCAGUUUCUCACUCCAUUGCUAGUAUAGCACAGCUUCUCAUGCAGCUCACGUAUGUCCAGAACCAGAUUGUCAGUGUGCUAACAUCAUCUGCCCUAACACGUAUGUUUGAAAAGCGACGUAAUUAUGAUUUCCGACACUUAUUAGGAGGAACUGAAAGAUUACUAGACAAUUUAUUGAAUAUGUUGGACUCUCAUCCGUCUUUCCUUCUGGGAGCUAUCCAGUGCCUACCCCUGGCUACCUCAGUCCGAGACACCAUUACACAGACUAUCAUCCAGUAUUGCUCCAAAAUUAAGAACUUGGUGUUUGGUUUGAUCAUUUGCCACAACCAGCUGAUCUCUUUGGUACGCAUGAAAAAGUUUCUUCUCCAUCCAGCAGACCUCCACUUAUUAUUUAAUCUUGUAAAUGCAACAGAAUCCUUGAAGACAAGUGAAAACUGGAUGCCAAUCUGCUUGCCAAAGUUUGAUCCAAAUGGGUAUUUGUAUGGUCAUGUGUCUUACCUUGCUGAUGAUUGUGAGGCAUGUCUCCUGUUGCUGUCUGUCGACAGAGAACAGUUCUUCACACUGUCUGAAGCAAAACAAAAGAUUGUUGAUCGGCUACGAAGACAUCACUGCCUAGAAGGAAUAAACACUGCUAUACGUACAUCUUCCUACACUGUAAAAGCCAUUGGGGCACCUGAACUUAGACAUUUUCUCUACAAAUCCAAAACAACUGCUCAGUUUACUUGUCCAGAAUACACAGCUCCCUACCAGACGGAGAAAGGUCAACGGCGUUUGUUUGGCUUGUAUCAGCUGCUGCACCAUCGCGUACAUUCUGUGUCUAGACCGUUAAAGAUGGUAUACAUGGUCAUGGACACACACACACUACUGGGAUGGGUAACUAGGGAGUUUGAGCUGUAUGCUGCACUGGAGCCACUGGUAACCAAACAUAAUGCAAUUAUCUAUGUUAAUAAACUACUAAGAUGGAUAAAAUCUGACGAGAACAAAUUAUUCAUACUGAGCUCUCCAACAUUUUAAUUCUUAUCAAAUACACAAUUUUAUUUUCAUUAUUGUACUUUUGUACAAAGUUGAUCUCCUUACCUAAUAUUUUAUAAUCUACAAUACUUCAUUUAAAUUUACCUUAUGAAAAAGACUUGCAUGACAUGUAAAUAUUUUUAUUUAUAAAUUUAAAUGGUUAAUUUUACGAGAAAAUAUACAUUCCAAAGAAAUAUAUGCUAUUUUGUUGACUAAUACUUUACUUGUUCAUGAAAUGCUUUAAAACAGAACUAGUAUUUGCUUUAUAGGCUAAUAAAACUUCCCCUUUCCAAAGGGAAGAGACCAUCUCGGAAAACCCUACCCAUGGCAAAGGAAGUUUGACGGGGACCAUGGACAUGGUCCAUGGUCCCCAGGACCUUACAAGCAAUGAACCAUAAGAGCCUUUUUAGAUAUCCAAAAGCCCAGAUAUAAGGCCAAGACAUACAGUAUCCAGUCAAUUUAAGAACAUCUUAUUUAACAUUCUGCCAGUUCUAAAAGAUGGGUUUCAGAUCAGUAACUGGAGAUGUAUUUACCUAACAGGAGUCAGCAGUCAUCUGUUCCUAUACCCACCCAUGAUGAGAGAGAGAGAGAGACAGGACAGACACACACAUAUAUAUACAUUAUAUAUAAUUCAUUCAUUCACCACUGGGGAUGUGGGGCUCAACCCCUGCCAAAAAAGUGAGAGCAGCAUGAAGAGGAUCAAGUGGGUGUGUCAAAGAUGUAGCAAGGUCUGGGUUCAUUAUAUCUGGGGCUACAGAGUUCGAUCUUGCAUCACAUUUCAACGUGGGCCUUUGGGCCACAACUAUUUUCUUAGGUCGAACCUUACCACUGGCUUUCUUGAGAUCCAUGGCAAGAUAUAUAAUAACAACUUUUAUGCUCAAAUGACCAAAAAUCCGACAAAAAACGGAAAUCCCUGUGAAAAAUUCACGCGGGAUAGUCACGGCGCGAGGCACUGGUAAACUGAGGUGCGAUCGCCAUGCCACCAUGCGCUAGUCGGCCUGUACGCAUAUUAACACCCUCAUAUUCCGGUGCAAAUUUUCAGAGCGCAUCCUGCUUGUGUUCUGAGAAACUCGUAUACAGGGACACUCGUAUUCCGAGGUACCACUAUACAGUACAUUACAUCAGCAUUUUGUCUGGCAUCUAUGGCCAUGUCAUAGUGGUCUAGCAAUGGAGAGAGGCAGAAGCUAUCUGUUCUGAACCCAUGUUGCCCAGGGCUAUGCAAGCACUGUGAUUCCAUGUGUUUUGUGAUCAUCUUGGCACUCUUUCAAGGAUUAUGACUUGCAAUGUUAGAAUUAUUGGUCUAUAAUUUUUUGCAUCAGCUUUGCUACCUCCUUUGUGAAGUUGCAUGACCUGUGCUGUUUGAAGUAUGCCAAGUGCCUAGGCUCCAUCUCCAAAAGUUGUUUAGGGCCUGUGAUAAUGGUUUUUCGCAAUUCUUGAUGAAUGUAGAAUUCCAGCAGUCCAGGCCUGGCAGUGUGUGCAUGGGCAUGCUGUCUAUGGUUCAAAGUUGAAUGGGUGGCCCAACGACCUGAAUGGGUGCCCAACAUUUUUUAAUCCUCUGAAUUUAAUGCUUGGAGAGGGGGCAGAAGCAACACCCACCAGCUCUAGGAAGUCAUACAGAAGCCCCACUCAUUACAACAAGGUGAAACUCUUGAGUGGUUGUAACUAGGGGUGUUCAAGAUAGUUUUUUUGAGUAAAUUGUCUGUAAAGUCG